AUGAUUGGGGUCCAGAAGAACCCGGAAGUAAGGGACUUCCACAAUUUGGCGCCCAACUCGGCUGGACCACCGGAGGCCAGGGAAGACGACACCCUGACGGCUCUCGCGGGCGCGCUCUCUGAGCUGGCAGCGACCACCCGCCAACAGUGGCGGUGCUGGACCGGACGGGAGGCACCACCGAAGAUUACCGACGACGGUUCCGGUCCAUGCGUCUGGGGAAGGAGGACCGGCCAUUUGCCUUUGGCCAGCGGCUCCAAGAGGCGGCGACGCGCUGGCUUAAUUCAGCCGGGAGAGGGAGAUGGCCGACUGCUCGACCAGAUCUUACUGGAACAGUUUGUAGAGGCGAUCCCGACGCGGACGGCGAACUGGAUCCGGUACCACCAGCCCCAGGACCUCGCAGCAGCGGUGACCCUCGCCGAGAACCACCAGCUAGCUGUCCACCGCGAGGAGCAACCGACACCAGCGGCGCACGAACCGAGCGUGCAACAGGAGAAGGAGAGAGAACGACACAUUCCCCACUUUUACCCACGUGACCCUCCCUCUGCUCUGUCUCCGCAGGUCCCGGCUGCUGCUUCCAGAACAUCUCCCGCGCAGACGGCCCCUCAAACGCUUGGGCAGGUGUGCUGGAGGCGUGGGCGGCCCGGUCGCGCGCGUCACGGACCUCCGCAGGUGGAGGUGGGGCACGUGACCCGGGUGGCCGCUCCUUCAGUGCCCGGGCUGACGCGUCGGGCAGAGGACUGGGAGCGGUUUUGUCCCAGCAGGUGGAGGGCGUCGACCGACCCAUUCUCUACAUCAGCCGGAAGCUGUCCGAAAGGGAGGCAAGGUACAGCACAAUGGAGAGGGAGUGCCUCGCCAUCAGGUGGGCGGUCGGGGUCCUCCGAUACUACCUCCUGGGGCGCUCAUUCAGCCUCUGCUCGGACCACAAGCCCCUCCAGUGGCUCCACCGCAUGAAAGAUGCCAACGUGCGGAUCACCCGUUGGUAUCUAGCUUUGCAACCCUACAACUUCAGAGUGAUCCACAGACCGGGGGCACAGAUGGCUGUGGCCGACUUCCUUUCCCGCUCCCUCAUUGGGGGGGGGGGGGGGGUAUGUGAGGGGCGUGGCCUGCGGACCUGCAGCGAGGCGGGAUGUGUCGGGACUGGCUUUGAGAUUAGCGACAGGUGAGUGGAUGACACAGCUGAGUGUGUUUGUCUGAUCACCUGUCGCUCUGUUAAAAGCAGCAGUCGGGAAGAAGAAAGGAAGGUGGAGCACGAGCGAGAGCGAGAGCGAGACAGAGACAGACGAACAAAAGACAUUUGCUGAAAAGCAGAAGUGAGACUGAAAAUAAAACAGUG